UUUUUAAUGUAGACACACAUAACGAGAAGAGUAAUGAAAAAGAUAUCAACGUACAUAUUUGAUAAAAGUUUCUUCAAUAUAUGGACAGGAAAUUUCAAAAGGAGAGAAGAAAAAACAAGUCACGUAUAUGUAAAAGUAGGUGUAGAGUCUUGACGAAUUGGGGGAAAUUAAAAGCUGUCGUAAGGCCUAUGAGCUUUCUCGUUAGGGUAAAAAAUUCUUAUUCUCGAAUACUUUUGAAAGAUUCCGUAAUGAAGAUAGCAAGUCUUAGAUAAUGUACAUUGCGGGGGUGAGUCAAAGCUAGUGACGAAAAAAGAAAAAUAGUUGAUGAUACAUAACAAGUAUAAAUGACCAGAGUGUGCGCAUCACUAGUGAUACUCACUUACACGUUUUUCCCGCCCUUUUACCCUCACCACUUACAGCCACCUGUCAACCACCCUGUGCUCCCACUUCCUCAAGUAUAUAUACAAAGCUCCGGCAGACUUUGACCACAUUUGAGUACGUAGACAUCGUAGCAAAUUAUUCAAAGGGUUUGUUGAUUGGUGAGUCUAUCAUUUUGUGGGUACUUUGUCGGAUCAACAACGAGUUUCGUAUUCGCGGAAAUUUUUAUUUCUGAUAAAACAUAAAAAUCACGAUGAAAAGAAGUUACAUCUAUACAAUUGUAUUCGUUCUAUUGGUGGGAGUUGCUGUUGGUAGUGAGAAUUAUGCAGAUUACGGAGAGGAAAAUGUAGGCAGGAACCUCGAAAAUUUACGAGAAAUAUAUAGCCUUUUAUUACGUCGUAAUUCAUAUGACAAUAACAUUAGAUCACCCCUGGCAUUGGAUACACCUUUGGAACAUCUGAUGAUUCGAAAAUCUCAACGAUCUCCUUCACUACGUCUUCGCUUUGGACGUUCAGAUCCAUCGAUGCCUCAGGGGAAUCCAUUCAUGAAAGCAGGAUCAAAUGUUGCAUCUUUUGAAGACAACUAAAAUGAACGGCUCUAUUCUAUGCAUAAACCUUAAUAAUUUUCACACUACAAAAAAGCUUUCCUUUAAUUAAAAUAU